AUGCCGUCGAAAUGGGUGCAGCUUGGGAGCACGUUCGAGGCCAUCGUGUCCGACUCGGAAUCCACUCGUGUGCGAAAUGAGGCUUUAGUUAUUUCCGAUACGCCAAAGACUCGCCGAACCAGAAACAAACAGGCAGUCAUCAUUUCCAUUCUGGACGCUGCCAGAGCUCCCUUUGACAAGACACUGUUCAACCAAAUUGUCGAUACAAGGGCUGACUUUGGAACAAUCAUACAAACCAUUCUUGCAUGGGCAGUCUCAGACUCGCGUGUUUCUGUCGAGCGGGUCUUUAUUGCGUCUCAUCUGGUUUCACAGCUAUCCGAAGGAGUGGACGGAGACGCAGUGCCCAGCCACAUUGUACAGUUUCUACUGUCUGUGAAAUCGCAUCUAGACGUGCGAAUCGACGAUUUGUACGCUCUGGUCACAGAGCUCUGUGUCCUAGACAUUUUCCAACCCCAAGAUUACGUCAGAUCCCUCAUUUCGUCAGGAGUGCUGUACAUUUCCCGUCUUUCUGAAUGGGCCAAUGUGCAGCUCGAUAUUUUGGGCAACCUGCCACUAGUAGCUGUUCCUAGCUCGUGUCAAGUGCAGGUUCGGUAUAUGGUUCGAAAGGUGGCCAAGUACGCCUCCUACAAUGAAAACGAACUGCUUGAGCGCACAAACAACGCUCUGCGAGUGCUUCUUCCGGGUGUUUUCGAUUCUCAGGCUGAAGAUGUGGACAUGUCUUCUUCCUCUUCUUCUUUGUCUGAUUCGACUAAUAUUCCAUACUCCGAAUUCACCCAAAACACCCGCAUUGUGGUCGCUGAAAACCUGUACACUUCGCUAUGUGCAGCCGUGGAAAGAGGCUACGUUCCUACAACUCAGGAGUUUGCACAGUACCAGCUCAUUCUCGAAAAUCUGCAUGCCUGGCGACUAAUGUGUGCCUCUAUCCAGCUCAUUGUACCGAAAUGUACCCAGUCGCAUCUGCUGUAUUUUUUGGCCAGCGCUACCCGGUACCAGUGGCAGGCGUUUGCUUGCAUUGCAGAUAUGCCUGCGCUAGUCAAGGUAUUUAUGCACCAGUACCGGGGUCUGCGCAAGGUACGGGUAUCACGCGAGCUGUGGGAUUUGGUCCAAUUUUCGGCCCAGCAGCUGCCUGAGCUCAAACCAGAGCUGGAGACACUGUUGAAGAACUCUUCUUCCCCUCAGCUAUCGCCCAUCUCCGAAGUCACUCCUCAAACCGAUUCUGAGGCCACCAAAGAUGUGAACCUACCACAGGCUCUCAACGAUCUGCUGUUGCACUCGUCAGAUGUCCGAACCUCGUGCAAGAUGCUGGCCAACUACAAGGACGAUUCACAGUUCAGCAACCAACUCAUGACGUGGCUGAGAGACCAGGAGGUGUCGCUACAGCUGCUCCAGACGCUCGUCUUCCUCGUGGUGUACGAGUGCACCUGCAUUGAAAAGGUCGGCGAUUUGUUUCUUCAAAUCCACAAUCUCAGAGACAUGUCUGGAGGUUCCCGCUUGCUGCUUUCGCUGAUUGCACGUGACUUGACCCAGGAAUACUCUCUCUCCACUACCGAGGCGUUUUCUCUGCAAUUUCAGCGCAAGCUGUUUGCCGACCAGCAUCCCCGCAUCUACCUACGGCUCGUGGCACAAUAUUUAUUCGAGCGAGAAGUGUUCCAGGAUCCGCAGUGGCUGGACGAUGUUGACACCUUUUGCAAGGAGGUGGCUGUGCAUCACCCUGCGCUGUUUUCGCAGCUCAUUGUGGACCCUGUGAUUGAGCCCGACAAUGCUGUGGCUGCCUCUUCUCUGCAACAACUGCUCAAUCACCUCCUGAAGCUCGAUCUCGGUACAGGCACUUCUCUUGCCGACGACCUGCAACAACUAAUCACACAUGUGACGCCCUUCAACAUGUUUUUGGCUCAGACACAGCUGCGGCUACUGUUUGCGCAUCGGGGCCGUAUUUCUAAGGACCCUGUUGCCAUGGACACAUCUCCGGAACUCACCAUCAAUUCCACCACGCCCAGUACGGACACUACAGAUGAGGACGUUUCUGUGCUGUUCCGAGUGCUGAGCGACCCCGGUCUGCUCAAACUGCCUCCGUUCUUUGGAGAUCUGUUUUCCGAACUGCCGGGCGAGCUCAAGGGCCGCAUUUUGGCCCGGGCAGAAACCACGUUUCUCACGUCGCCCAACUUUCCGCGAGUGGGCGAAGACAAUAUCGUGUCGCUUCUGAUCGAGUUGGCAGAUUCUCUGGCGGACUCGGUCACUGAAGACGUGUGUAAAACACAGACUUUUGCGCUGUCUUCGGGUCUGCAGCGACUGGUGGAGGCGUCUGUGCGUGAGCCCCAUCCCCCGGGACUCGCAGAGGGCAUUUCCAUGUUCCUUAAGAUUGCCAUGAUCCACGAAAAGUCGCUCAUGGCCUCGGAGGACGCCGAGGUGACCAUGUUGCGCAACCAUGUGGUUGAGGGGCUGCAGGCGUUGUUGGAUUCACCGUUUGUGGCCACCACGCCGGACCUCAAGGCCACGCUGCAGGACACGUGGACAGCUCUCAAGAGCGAGCUUUCCGAAGUGGCUGAGCCUGCCAAUUCGGCCCCCUCAAAGGCUGGGCCUACAAGAGACCUGUUGCUGUACAGCACGGCCAACGACGCCUUUUCCGAGGUGACCGUGCGGUCAUUUGACUUGUUGGAGGAAAGUAACCCCACCAUGGGGGUCAAUGACGCCGCUUUGAACCUGGCACUGUUUAACGCGACAAUUGAAAAGCGCAUGUAA